UGCAACAUUAAAUCCGGAGUCUAGACUUGUGGAGGAGACAAGGUAACAUUUUAUUUACUAAUCACCCAUUUCUGAAUGGCGUCUUUUUCACGAUGUGGGUUCUGGAUACUUUUCGUGGAGGAAUAACGCCUACCUCCUACCCACUUCACAGCUAGCUGCUCGCUAAUUUCGGCCCGCGAAGCAGAAAAGCGUCCUUCGGUUCCACGACACUCCGUCGACAGAAGAGGCAAGUCGCUCCAGGCCAAGGCGCCCUCGGUCUAUCCCUCACAAUCACAGCCGUAUUUUUCUAGCUAUGUUACCUAGAAUGCUGCUGGUUGUUCCUCAAGCCGAGAAGAGGAUAGUUCCCAUUGCCUUAUUACCACACUUCGUCCAAACGGAGACAUAUCCUUGCUUCUUUGUCAGCCUGCAGAGGAACAGGACGAACCAUGGUAGGACAGGGCAAGGCGCUUCCGUCGUUGCGCUGCAGGAUUACGUCCGAGGUCCAGAACUCCUUGAAUUGAAUGACUUGUAAUUCCGGUCCUGGGAAUCGGAGCCGCGCCCAGUUUCCAGGUUCUCUUGCUCACGCUCCACUUUACCUCUGUUCUUCGCGGUUGGUCGGCUUCCUAGGCCAACAUUGCCUACGAAAUUUCGUUAGCUACGGAAAAGAACCUGGGGUUCAUGAUAGGGGAUCAAUAAUUUCCCCUCCUAUGGUCUAGGGAACGUUCGAUAGUACAUGUGUCUACCAGUGUAUUAUUCAGAUUUGGUUCGGAAUGAGUUUCCGACUGUCCAGUUUUACUCGUUAGCCUCAUAAUGUGUCAGUAUGUACGGCCAGUAUAUAUGGGAGCCCUUUGGACGUUUUUCAUCACAAUGCCUAGUUCUCUGGUUCUUAUUGCACGACCGAUCUCAGUGCGAUACGUUUAAAUCAUCAUGGGUCGUUUUAGUCCUUUGGUGCCACUGCUUCUUGUAGUCGGCUUAAAUAUCCAAAGGUGCUUCGGCCAAGCUAGCACUCCGACUCU